AAACUUCACUGGUAUAAGUGCGGUAAUUGUUAUUUUCGUUUGGUGCAUACUAUCAGAAAUAAGACACAAGAGCAAAAUUGAUCAUCCGAUUAACAAAACAUUUAGUUCAUUUUCAAUAGAACAUAAUAAAAGACCGAUUACCUAACUUAUCUAUCUGGUGAAUGGUUCCCAUUUCGCAAUAUAAUUCAUAAAAUGGUUUACAAAACGGGGAGUGGUAAUCGAAUAACAAAUAAAGAAUUCGCAAAAAGCGCGUGACGCUUUGACAGAAGCAGGCGGACAGGAAGCGCGUGCGCACCACCGCAAUUUCUAAUGUCAGUAUGUGUCAGCUCUUGUGGUUUUGCAGCUAGUCGUGACAGCUAUGUAGUUUUUAAAUUAUCAUUUAAAAGUUUUAUUAAAAAUGUCCACUUUUAAGUGGUCGUGUCCCUGUUGUUUGCGCUUUAAAUUUACACCGGAAGAACUGGAACAAAGGAAUAAGAGCCAAGAAAUCGACAAGAUGAUUGAAAAAGACAAACAGGCCAUGAAAAGACAAGUGAAGCUGUUGCUGCUCGGAGCAGGCGAGAGCGGAAAGUCUACGUUUUUAAAGCAAAUGCGUAUCAUACACGGAAUAAAAUUCGAGGGCCAACAAAUUAAAGAGUACCAGCAGGUGAUAUAUCAGAAUGUGCUUAAAGGUAUGAAAGUGCUAGUGGACGCAAGGGAGAAACUCGGCAUUCCGUGGGGAGACAACAACAAUGGGGACAUUGGGAGAGAACUCCUCCAGUUUAAGGUUGACAAUAGUAUGGUGUUUGAUUCAAGAGUGUUUUCCCAGUUUGCGCCUUUGUUAUCGAUGCUGUGGAAAGAUUCAGGAAUACGUAGGGCCUUCGAAAGGCGGCGGGAAUUUCAAUUGAGUGAUUCGGUGGAAUAUUUUCUAAACAAUUUGGAAAGGAUAGCGCAGCCCAACUACAUGCCCACAAAUAAGGACAUAUUGCACUGCAGAAAAGCUACCAAAGGCAUAACCGAAUUUGUAAUAUCAAUUAAUAACAUACCGUUUCUCUUCGUGGACGUUGGCGGUCAAAGGUCACAACGACAGAAGUGGUUUCAGUGUUUUGAUUCCGUCACUUCGAUUCUAUUCCUGGUUUCUUCAUCAGAGUUUGAUCAGGUCUUGUUGGAAGACCGGAAAACAAACAGACUGGAAGAGGCUAGAGAUAUUUUUGAUACAAUAGUCAAUAAUAUUAUUUUUAGCAACGUUUCAAUUAUAUUAUUUUUAAACAAAUUUGAUCUCCUGGAAAAGAAGACUAAGAAUCCUGAAACCGACAUCCGUUGGUACUUUCCUCAGUUUACUGGGGACAGCCAUUCACUGGAGGACGUCCGUAAAUAUAUUUUAUAUUUAUUUACAAGCGUCAGACGAGAUCAGAAAAAGUCACUGUACCACCAUUUUACAACGGCAGUAGACACAGAAAAUAUUAAAGUCGUAUUCUAUUCCGUGAAAGACACGAUAUUACAUAGGAAUUUGCAAAAUUUGAUGCUGCAGUAAAAGCUAAGUGUUCUUUUAUUUGGGCUGUGUUAAACGGAAAAUAAUACAUGUUUAAAACUAAGACUGACUAAGUUUAAUUAGUCGUAAUUUUAUAUAACAUGGAUUAUAUUAUUUAGAUGUAAAGUUUUUUCGAACCUCAAAGAGAUAGUAGAGUACAAUGCCAUAGUUAUAACGCGCGCACAUAUAUUCUUAAACCGUGUUUUGGUAUACUGAUCUACGAUGUCUUUCCGAUACAAAUUUAAGCCAAAAAUAUUUUAUUAAAGACUUUACACUCAUAUAAGCAUUUAAAUGUUGUGUGAACUUGCGAUUGAGUUCUGCCAAAGAUUUUGUAGGUGGUUUCUUUCUACUUUAAUGUAUUGGUCAUUAAAAAAUGCCUGAAAUAACUCAUUCAAUUAGAGGACAAUGCAGCAAUGCGCAAGUCUUACAAGUGUUCGUGAUAUUGAAUCUUAAAUUUUGACAUAAUAUUAGUCCUACACAGGAUUAAGUUAAAAAAAAUUGAGUUGAAUUAGUUUUGAGAAAGUGUAGGUUGUUUUUGUGACCUUUUUUUGAGUACAUAAUUACAUAAUAAUUGGAGUUUUUAUAAUUAUCAAAACAGCAAUGCAGCGACUGUCUAACAAAUGCACUGUUUACUAAUUUUUUUUCUGAUAUUUGUUUUAACAAUGGCACUCCAAUUUGACAUUUUGUGUACAGCAUCCAAAGUGUUUCAAAUUGGACUUUUGUAAUCAGAAGUGGUACUUAUUUACUUAUUUCGGGUUGUCUAUUGGUCAUCCUGAUAGCAGUCGGUAAUUGGUUUUUUAUAUAAUUUUGGGUAAAAAAGUAAUUUAAAUGAGCAAUUGCAUAAGACAAAAAAUUGAGACCAUUAAGAAAAACUGUAAUGUCUCCAAAGCGAUUUUGGGCAACAGAUGAAGCUUAAAGUAUUCCACUGAUAUCUAAAUUUUGAAAUAAACUCAAAAAAUGAAAUAAAAUCAAAAACCGGAAGUUUCAGUUCAGAAAUAUCAAGUUGAAUUUGAAACACCUUGUACAUGACACUAAUCUUAAAGUACAAAAAAUGGCCUACAUAAAACUUAAGCUUGUUUCAGAGUUAACCUGGCAAAAGCCUAGGAGAUUCCCGUCAGCUAAAUAUGUUGUUUCAAAGAUACAUAGUGUUUUAAUUAGUGACGCUUUUGAAAAAAAUCUGUUGUUAAUGGUUUAAGAACAGUUGCAUAUUUGAGUCAUUUAUUAUUCAUUAUUAAACUAAUUAAGACUAAAUAAAAUUUCCGUUAGACGAGCAAGCAAUCAAAUUAUUUGUUUUUUUUUGCAUACAACAUUUUUUAUUAGAAAAUUCUUGUGAUAGUUUAACAAGAAAUACAACAAUAGGGUUUCUUAAGCAUUUUUAAUUCUCCGGGUUGAAUUUGUUGAACUGAAUAAUUAAUAAAAACGGUAACAAACAUUACAGACUAGAUACUAGAUAAAUUUCAAUUCAUCCAGCAAACUAACAUUUUUGUAAAAAAUACCUUAUGGUAUAAAUUAAAACUCUUUAAAAAAAUAUUUUCCAUAUUUCGCUGGAAGGUGUUUCCUAGAUUUGUUAAACUUAUAGGGCUCUGAAGCACCGGAUAUUUUCAAUUUUAUACUCCAAUUUUUAUUGCUGCCAAACUAGUGCCUAACACGAUUUUAUUUUCUUAUGUAAGCAGUGAAACGCACAUAAGCAGUAUUAUUAACAUUCAAUUCAAUAUUGAAAAUUCAUUAAAGUCAGAAACGGUCUAAUGAAAAUCAUAUGUAUAAUAUUAUAGUUUAAGCUCAAUAUUAUCAUAAUCACUUGUACAAGAGCUCAGCUAUUUUCUUGUGGUGAAAUCGGAAGACGGCGUCCUUAUAUUUUCUCUAAUUUGCUUUAGCACAUAUAUUACUAGUUUAUAUGGUAAUGUUUGUUUUUGAAGUACGAUAUUAUAUCCCAAAUGUUUAAAAUUAAAAAAAAGAUUUAAUUUAAUUUUUAAAUUCUUGUAAAUCCUCGUUAAUUUAAUCAUGUGAUAACCUUUUCAUUAAAAGUUUAGAACGCAAAUCUAUUAAGGACAAUGUCGAGUUGACCUCUCCUAUGUUGUAAAUAAAUGUAAAAUAUAAUUUUAUUAAGUUAAAUAUUUUAUCAUUGUAGAUUCAGGUACUCGUAUUUAAAAUGGUGUAAAAUACUGAUUUAAGUUUACAGAUGUUAAGCAGUCUAUUAUUGAAAAUAAGUUCUAUAUUAAUAAUGAUUCGGAAAUUUUCUGGUAUUAUGCUCAUGGAUUUCCGAAUGCAUAUAUAUAUGGAUUUCCUUUACUCUCAUUGUUUACAUAUUUUUGUAAUUGUUAAUAAAAUGAUUAAAUGUCUACCAUUUAUUUAAAGUCCACUAUUUAUUGAGCUCCGUGGAUUUUAGAUUUUUAUAUGUAAAGCGUUCUAUUAUAAUAUUCAACAGAAUUCAUUGCUGAAAUUUUCUUUGUUACUUUUUGGGAGGUAAGAUUAUGGAAGUUAAAA